GCAGGGUUGGCGGGGCGGGCUUGGCGGGCGAGCGGCGCCGGGGCCCGGCGGGGCUCUGAGGGCGGCGGUGGGGCCCGGCGGGGCCGUGAGCGCGGCUCCGUGCGGCCGGCGGCACUCGGGCCCUGCGGGGCGGUCGGGCGGCUCUAGGGCCCGGCGGGGCACCGCGGGCGGCUCUAGGACCCGGCAGCGCGGGGCGGGCGGCUCAGGGGCCCUGCGCGCCCACGCCGGGGGUCUCGCCCCCCCUCCCGCCACAGAAGGAGCAAUGGCGGCGCCGUAGCGCGGCCGCCGAACCCCCGCCCGAGCGCCGCGCCCGGGCCCGGCGGGAGCCGAGCGGGGCCGCCGCUGCUCCUCCUCCUCCUCCCGCCGCCGCUCCCCGCAGCCCCGCGGCCGCCAUGGCCACCGAGCUGGAGCCGCCGGCCGCCGGCGCCGUGUCGGGCGCGGCGCCGCUGGAGGCGGAGGAGGACGAGGAGCACUGGCUGUACGGGGAUGACACCACUGGUAAGCAAGAAGAUGGACCGAUUUCUGGACACACGGAGUCUGCUCACCCUCUGCAGGAUGCUCCCCAGGAGAGCCGGCCCGUCAACAACGAGGAGCGGGAGAUGGCCCAGCACGCCCUUCCCAGUGGUGAGGAUGAUGAGGAUGACAGUGACAGUGACAGCGAUGACGAUGAUGUGAAGGUCACAAUUGGCAACAUCAAAACGGGAGCGCCCUCCUACAUGGGAACUCCUAUGAAUCUAAACUUAAAAACGGGUAGAGGCUAUGGAGCAUCAGCUUCAGCCAAGUUGCAGCCCAAAGGUAUUGACUUGGAUGCCGCAGGGAAUAUAAAUGGAUUGCCUGUGAUAGAAGUGGAUUUGGAUUCAUUUGAAGACAAACCGUGGAGGAAACCAGGUGCUGAUCUUUCUGAUUACUUUAAUUAUGGAUUCAAUGAAGAAACAUGGAAAGCUUAUUGUGAAAAGCAGCGGCGGCUUCAGCUGGGGCUGGACCCUGCUCCUCCCAUCAGCACUGAGAACAAGAUCACGGUUCAGCAAGGAAGAACAGGAAAUGCUGAAAAAGAAGUGGAAAGCAACAUCAUCAAAACAGAGUUCAAAACAGACUUCUUGGCUCUGGUGGGAGGACGAAUGAAGGCUGGGCCUCCUCCCAACAGGAAGCUGGGUGGGACCAUUGAUGUGAUCGGGGGCCAGGCAGGCACAAUCCGCAGGGUGGAAGGGAGACGCCGCGAUAAACACGCCUCGGAGGAGAACCCCAUCCAGGUCCUGGGAGACCAUGGCAGUAAGCCCCAGCCCCCCCAGCAGCCCCAGCAGCCCUCCCAGCCCCAGCAGCCUCCUCAGCAGCAGCCGUUUGCUCCACCAGCAGGGCCUCCGCCUCCCCCGCUGGCCGGGCCUCCUCCUCCACACUUCCUGCACCCUCCUCCUCCAGUGACUUCUGUUCCACCUCCUCUGCAUCCUCCAGGCCUGCCACCUCCAGGUCCAAUUCCAGGGCUGUUCCCACCACCUCUGGCACCACCACCAGCUCUCCUCAUCCCAACCUUGGAUGGGCAGCCAGCCAGCUACAACAACAGGCAGCCACCUCCCUUUGGCUACAACUCUGCAGAUUCAGGUUUCAUCAGCUACCCCCCCAUCUCCACGUCCCACACGCCCUGGGUGACCACGGUGGACAAGGGCACGAGCAGCUCCAGCAGCAGCCACUGGGAGUACUCGGGCUCCAGGCGGGACAGGGAGCGCGAGCGGGACAGGGAGCGGGACAGGGAGCGCGACCGCGACCGGGACCGCACCCCGACCACCAGCGAAUACAACAAUGACGACGAGCGGUACCGCUACUACAGCCGCGAGCGCAGCUACGACUUCGAGCGCGAUUACCGGCGCAGCCGCGACCGCAGCCGCGAGCGCGAGGAGCGGCACCGCGAGCGCCGCCACCGCGACAAGGACGACGGCAGCAAACACAAAUCCUCCCGCAGGAAGCAGCACGAGAGCGAGGAGGGCGAGAGCCACCGGCGCCACAAGCACAAAAAGAACAAGAGGAGCAAGGAGGAGAAGGAGGCCAGCGAGGACGGCGCCCAGGAGGGCGAGGAGCAGGACACCAAGGAGUGAGCCAGGCCCCACCAGCCCUCGGCAGGAACUCUCCUGUGGAACCAGCAUGGAAUUGGUGAUGUUUUGUUUGGGGGGUGAUUUUUUUUUAUUAUUAUUUUUUACUUUUUCCAAGGGAAGAGGCUGACUGGGUGAGCCAUGGCACAGCCAGAAGUGCUUCAGGAGCUGAGGCUGCACGUGCCCUUAAACUUCCUUUUUUUGUUUGUUUUUGAUACAAGACAAUACAGCAGUACUAGUUACAAGGCACUGAGCUACUCUACUCAUCCACAUCCCUAGGGAGAACUUUGGUGUAUCAGAUCCUAUGGUUUCUGAUGGAAGAUGGCUUCAGCUGAAACUAAUGCAAUUAGGUCAUAGCUCUUUUUGUCAUCAUCAUUCCUUUUGAGAACUAGGACAGUAAGUGCAACUUGAAAUUUAUUGUCCAAAGAACAGCGUGACUUAGAUCCCGGGAGCCAGCUUAGAGUCUGGUGUCCAGUAGUGAAAAGUCUCAUCCCUGAAUAAAUUUCUUUAUAGCUACAAAAACAGCUUCUGAUUUCUCCGUGGCCAGCUGGGCGUGUCAGGAGGAGCUGCAGGAUCUGCUCCAGGUGGGCACAGAGGCCUGCCUGGAUGUGGCAGCUUCCAGAAGCUGCUGAGGGCGUUCACACAGAGUGUGCAGAGACUCCAAAACUGGGGUUUUUUAUCCAUUGCAAAGGUAGUUCUGUCAUGUUACACCCCUGCGUGGGGAAUCAAUGAAGAUCCAUAGCAAGAGCAUGAAUUUCUCUUUAAUUCCUUUUGAACUUAACUAUUUUAUUUCAUUUUUUUACUAAGAGUUGACUGAAUAACCUAGAGUACAGUAGAGAACACCAAGUUCCAGUUAGCAAUUUGCCCUCGUGGGACUGGUGUUUCUAUUUGGGUAUCACCAACACUCCUGUCCAAUGCAUUCCUUUCCCUUAGAUCCCAAAAUAAAUUUAGUCAAAUUCCAAAGUUUCUUUGGAUUUAGUAUUGGUUGGGGAAGGGGCAACAGAAAUGUUUCUGGGUGGGAAGAACAGGGGAGAUAAUUUUGAGGGGUUUUUGUCUGUCUGGUCAUUAGGAUCCUGACCUUCUGUUUGUGUCAGUCCACAAAUGUCUCAUUUUCCUUUGACUUGUUAUUUAAAACUGUCUGAAAUAUUUGUCCUUAAAUAAUAUGGUUCUGAAAUGUUCUGUAUUUUUUGGUAUCGUAAUCUUGGAAGUCUUGAGUGUGCUGGGAAGUGCCCAGCCUGUGCCAGGAGAGCCUUUGGUCUGGGUUCAGCAUGGUGGCAGGGCAGCGAUGGGUUUGGAGCUGCAGAGCCCAGGGGAGGAGGAGGAGAACUGGGACUGCUGCUGGUUUUGGUUUUCAUGGAGGUUUUUUAAUGUGAGAUGUGUGUGCACUGAGCCAGGGUGAGCUGGGAUCAGGCUGCAGGCUCUUUGGUGGAGCCCAGAUUUAGGAACAUCACCCCCUGGCCCCCUGCAGCACUCCCAGCUCCUGGCACUGGCUGUGCAAGGAACAAGGGAAUGCUCAGGGCUGGCCUUCAGCUGGGAGUGCCCAAAAGCUUUUAGGAGAAUGGGAUGAAGUGGAGAAGAAAUCCAAGCCAGAGUGGUGAGGAGGAUUCAGGAGUGCUUGCUCUGUGCCCCCUGGCACUGCUCAGACAGAGGGGCCCAGAGCCCUGGCCAGCCUCCCUCGGGAGCCUGCAGCUGCUGAGGGUGAGAGCUGCUGGCUCUCCCAGCACAGAGCUCUGCCCUGGCAGUGCCCCCAGCCCCCUCUGAGCUGGCUCUCCCUGCCUGGACCAGGACCCGUGCUCCACUGGAAUGCUGCACCCAGGGGAGGGGGGUUGGCCCCAAACAAGGACAUUUCUCCCACCUUUGCAUGCUCAGGUGUCCCUGGUGGCUCUCCAGGGCUGUUCCACACCCCCGCCCUGAGCUCCUGCAGGUAAUGGUGAUCACAUCCAGUCUGCACCUCCUCCUGUGUUACCUGAAUGAGCUGGACCCAAGUACAGAGUAUGCUGAGGUGGAGGGGACCUUCACUAAUGGGGGCAGGCUUUUAGGGCCAGGAGCAGCUGUGAAUUUGAGGUAAGUACUUUUAAAUUGGUUUCUUUUCAUUAAAUAAAAGUAAAAUGUUUGCCUUUACUAUCAGGGAAAUGCAAAGGUGGGGUGUUGGAAAUAAUCUGUACUUGGCAGCAGAAAGCUGCUGCAGGUUUAGUGGUGUUGGGAUGUGGGGUUUACUGUUGUUGAGGGAUUUUUCCCAGCCACGGUGUAUUUCAGGAGAGUCCAGCUCCUUUCCUGGGAGAAGCAAAGACAAUUAAUUACACUGUUUCCUGCCACAGGGUCACUUUUUGGAGCAGUCUUGCUGAGGUGACCUGUUCUGGGGGCAUUAGUUUCUACAUGGAAAGAAAGGGUAAAAACCACACUUGGAAUGCAUAUUGUUCAGCAAUAUUACAAUAAUUUAUAAAGGCAUCAAAACAAACUCAACAUCUAUUAACAAGCUGAUUUAGGAAACAAAAUUUAAAUUAUGAGGACAUUUUGAGGAGGUUGAAGGCACCUUGAAAGGAGAUGGAGUAAAAACGGUUCUGCAGCCUCCUCCUCCCUCCACUGCCAGCCCAGCAGCUGCACAGCUCCUCCCUCCUGCCCUUCCCCCUGUCUGGGGCAGGCAGUGGGAAUCACCCUCUCUCUGUCCACAUCACUAUUUACUGUUCCAGGCACAGAUUCUGCACAUUGAUUGGAAAGAGAUAAAAAAUUGCUUCAUGGUUUUGUGUCCCAGCGAGGUCAGCGAUGAGUUUUCUGUGUGGAUGAUUUUGGUCUCAGCAUUGCCCAGUAGAGCAAGAGGAGAGGAGCCCAGGUAGUCCCAGCUGUGCUGUCAGAGUCCCCAGAGGUGUUGCUCAGCCCAGCAGGGCUGCUGGGAGGAUGGAGCUGAGGUUCCUGUGUGUCCUGGGCUCUGGGACAGGCCCUGCUGCACUCCCAGCACAGGAGGUGAAGUCACUGUGUGCAAACAGGGCCCAGGGACAGCAAAUGACAAACUGCCAGCCCAGGAGAAGCUUCAGCCAGGCCUGGGCUCUUUCCUGCAGGGCUGCUACAAGGAAUUAAACAUUCAUUCUAGGCAGCAUUUUGGACAGGGGACAGACUCCUUGGAUUCUUACAAAACUGGUGCUGCAAAAGGUGCAGCAGAGGCAGCACAGGAGGAAAGACCUCUCAGUGCAACCUGGUUUGAGAAAAACCCAUCAUCUCUGCUGCUGCUGCUGCU